CUGCUCUCAGACACCCAAAUCGUUGUGUGUGUGUGUGUGUGUGCGCGCGUGUGCGUGUGGGUUUGGGUUGAAUUUAGGCACACGUGCCCAACACAGAGCAAAUUCAUUCAUUUCCUUCCCUCUCUCUUUGUGUGCUCGUGCUGUUGUUGUGUAAACACAGAGUUUGAGGAGCAGUUGUGUGACUCCAAGCUGACCGGUCAGACUUUCCGCCAUCCGUCCUCGCAGAGCUCUGACGACACGUCCACAUCGCUCAGCCGGUCGCCCGUCUCGCUCAACAACAAGAGACCUGACUUCAUCUUCCUGCCAGCAUCGAAGCAGCUUUACGACGAUGAAACCACCUCCUCUGUGUUUGGUCUGAGGUCUGCGACCAACCCGUCUCCCUCCCCGUCCCCGUGCGGCUCCGACCGCCCUCCAUUGGGCUGGAGCAGCAACCACAGCAGCAGCAGCACGGCCACAUCGGCCACCACCGGGCCGCCCGUCGCCGAGAAGCCGCGCUGGCACCUGGGGAGACACACGCCAGCUCACUUCUUACCGCUCGACAUCACAGGUGAAACGGGUGGCGUGAAAUUCCACGGCGUUGACCUCCUCCAGCACUCCCCGUCCCCAUCCCCCUGUCCCGGCCACACUUUCCCCCAGCAGCCCCACUCGCUGGAGCCUGUCACCGACACUCCCUCGCAGAACCUCCCACUGAGGAAAACGCACUCUAACCUUGACACAACAGAUAACACUUUGGGCCAGCGGCCCCCAGACCAGGCUCUCCUGGGAACUAUGGACCACUCUGGGCUGCUGUGCUCCAACACACCCUCUGCCACCUGGAACGGACCAAAAGGUUCCACCUUUUCCCCCGGAGCGUGGAAUGAACAUUACAGUUACAGCAUGAGCAAAGGCCCAGCAGUUCCUCCCAAGCAGCAUUCCGUCAUCGGUAAUGCAGGAGGGACGCAAGACGGGGUGAUGUUUGUGAGCUCAGGACAGUUAGGGAGUACGAAUGCCAGCUCCUUCACAUCUAUCACAGACGCCUCUGGGAGAACAGGAAGCAGCGUGCCAGGGAUUUCCUUGGCAUCCGUCAUGAUGGGGAGGCGGAGUGACACUGAAGGGGCCUCAGCUGACGGAAGUAGAGGUGGUGGUAGGGAGGUAGGGCGAGGGAGGGAGAGAUCGGCACGAUCCAUAGCAGCACAGAACGCCUUCAAGUUCCGGGAGCGUUCGCUUUCCACGCCUACAGAUACUGGAUCCUUUGGUUUUACAGAGGGUGGCAUUGGACCGGACGGGAAUAUUGUAUCUACGGGGAAUGGCAAUCCUAUGGGUAUGGACCACCAACAGGAUCAUCACAACUUCCUUGGUCUCGGUGAAAACUAUGCUCUUCUUUACCCAAGAGGAAGCUCGGAAGACAGCGCUAGUACAACAGACACAGUCUCUGUCACAGCCUCGGACUACAGCACAGAAGGUCGGUUGCGUCUCCGCUCCCGUUCCAUCUCCCUCAAGAAAUCCAAACGCAAGCCCCCACCUCCCGUGAGGAGUGUCUCUCUUAUGAAAAACCUUGGAGAAGCUGAGGGGAGAAUGCGGCACGAGGGCGGUCUUUACCGAGAUGGCCGGCCGAAGAGCCUACACAUACCCAGGGACCACUUCCCUGACUUCCAACCAGAUUUCCUCGUGCCCAGCUCAUCUAGCUCUUCUAAAACUAGUGUUGGUGAACGGGAACUGGGCCAACGGAGGAAUAAUGGACCACCAAGUCUGGAAGUCCAAGCACCAGAAAAGGAGGGGGAGACUGAGAUGACCUUCCCCUCUCACUGGCAGUUGGGAGAGUGGAAAAACAAUGACCCAUACAGGUCUUUGUCGGGCUCCAGCACAGCAACUGGUACCACAGUAAUCGAGUGUAUGAAAGUCAGAGGAAGCUCUGAGUCCCUUCUUGACUCUCCCUCCACCUCUAGGGCUACUUCACCCUCACAGCUCUCAAUUGAGACAGAUGUCAAGGCUUCCUCUCCCUUAAAGCCACCAGGACUUAUGUCACCAUCAAGUGGCUAUUCCAGUCAAUCAGAAACUCCCACCCCAACCGUUCCUCUCAGUCAUCUCGCAGGCCAAGGAACAGUCGGAACAGGGUGUAAGAUGCGCCCCAAGAUCCCAGAGAGGAAAUCAUCCCUACCAUCACCAAAGGACCCAGCUGCUAGAUCUAGAUUGUCCUUUGAAUUGCCUGGGAAUGCACACCUGGAACUGUCAUCAAUCAAGCCAAAGCAAAAAGCCAGCAGGCGGCAUUCUGACACUUCCACAGCAGCAAAACCGGGAAAGAUUGGCCCCAACUCUUCACAGGCAUUGCCGAUGGUCACCCAGAAUGAGUUAAAGACCAUUCGACUCCGCUCUGUCUCCCGUGGCGACCUAGAUGACUGCCCUGAUGGGGCCUCUGACACCAUAGAAGAGGAACAGCAUGGCCGAGAUCUUGUCGAAGACCCCAGCCCACCUCCCACACUACCAAAACCGAAGCCACCUGUUGCAGUCAAGCCUCCUUUGCCCAAACGACCCGUAAACCUACUCCUUAAGUCCCCCUCUCCAUCCUCCACCUCCCCCCUUGCCCUGGACUCGCCUCCUGCUUCACCUGUGGAACGGCCAGUGCCUUUAGGCAACAUCUACAAAGUCAUGAAAAAGCCUAAACCCAAAAAGCCCCCACCGCAGACUCUAGCAAGUCCUGCUGGUCUCGCAGAUUCAAAUUUUGCUACUGUGCCACAGGUUUCUUAUGAUCACUCAUUUCUCCCUCACUCUCAGUCCCUGUUUGAUCUCCCCCCUCUGCCCGAUCCCCAACCUCUUCUGGAAGACCCACUCUUGGAGCCUGAAUUUGAUGCUGAUCCCGACACCCAUCUGGGGCCUGGGGAUGGAGGCUCACUCCCAUCUCCCUGCAGUAGUCAGGAGGCCCCAGAACUUCAGGACAAGAGCAAGACACUCCCUUCACGGAUGACAAUCUCUUGCCUGGCAGAGCUUUCUGACAAAAAGAAACCCAAGGUCCCUCCUCCAGUCCCCAAGAAGCCAAAUGUCCUGCUUCUCCCCACAUCUCUUCAUUCCUCCACAAAUGGCAACACAGACCGUCAAGUGCCACAGACUGAGAGUCCUGUGGGCCUGAGGUCCCCAGUAGGAAUGUUUCUACCCGAUGAUAUUCCGGCUUCCCCUAGUGUUCUAGACAUGUCUGAGCAGGAUGAGAACUACUUGGGAACAGAUGAAGAAAGUUCAAAAGAGUCCUCACUGCAGUCAUCGCUCCAAGAUUCGUCCCUCACAGAGCUGGAAGGGAAGAUGGCCAGCACUGGUAUUGGAUCAGAUGACUCAGCUGCCAAUGAGAAGACUAUUCUCCACAUAGUGGAGGAAACGGAUGACGACGUAUUGGCUAGCACACCUACAACACACACAACGGAGGACCUGUUCACCAUCAUACACAGGUCCAAGAGAAAGGUUCUGGGUCGGAAGGAGCCAUCCGACUCCUUUGGCAGCCGUCAGAGCCUGGUGUCGCCGGUGAAGCACAGCACCAGCGGGAGCGACAUCCGAAAUUUAACCCUGGGGAGCAGCCAAAGGUCGAGCUCCCGCAACGAGAACUUCAUGGCGCUGCUUCAGAAGAAAGGCAGCAAGGCCUCGAGCGGAGGGGCCAGGGUCUCUGCCAUGGAGCUUUUGAAGAGCACAAACCCUCUGGCGCGACGCGUCACGGAGUUUUCAGCCACCGCGCCGUCAAAUGCCGAGGGAAGAGAGGCACCGUCAGGGAGCGAAAGACCCAACGACCAGUGAACGGACGUAUCAAUUACAGAUGGUAACCAGCUUUGUGUACUGUUGUCAAAGCAAUCAAUCAAUUCUACAAUCUGGUUCCCACUGAGGAUGGAGCCCCCUGUCAUAUAUGUCCAGCUGGACCGCUCCAACUACUGAUUGACCAUUUGCACUGUCCAAUCACAUUGGAGCACAUACUUGGACAAAAUGGUCCUUCCCAGUGUUGGAGCGCCACGGUUACCAGUUAAAUCUGACCUUUGGAGACAUCAAUGGAGGGAAAAGGUUGUACUCGUUUCAUGUUCAAUGAAAAAUUGAAGUUUUGAGGUCAUAUUUUCCUCACUGGCAACAAAUUCAGUGUGGAGUUCGGACGAUAUGAUGGACGGGUGGAGAUGACACUAGGAAUGUAAAGAUAUACUGUGGAUAUCUUCACUCCGGCUGCAGGAUACAGACAACAAAAGUCCACGGUAAAUAUAUCCGAAUCUGUAACUAUACUACAGAAGGCGAGCAAUCGAUUUCCCAAGAGAUAAGAGGAAUGAGACCAAGAUAUGAGGACAUCCGUGAUUCAGCAGCACUACAGUUCUGACUACUGUAGUCCAAUGAGCACUAAAGGGCAGAUCAUCGAUGGUGUAACCGAAGAAGGAAAUAAGCUCCAACCUUUGAUGCCCUGGCUCCUACUUCUUUCUAUGGUAAAUGCCAUACGACAGCUGCCCUGUAAAUGUCCAACAUACAAUUGCAGGAUUUCCUGUGACAAAACAAACUGCAUGGGGGCUUUUGCCACCAAAGACGAGGCAUGAGCAUGUCACAUUUUGUUGCUCGUGCUGUGAACACAUACCUGGACCUUCAUUAAGCAUUCCACAGGGACAGCAAGCAAACGGACCACACUUUGGAACGCAAGCACUUUUCUUUUCUUUGAUCUUGGAGGUUGUUUCCAUGGCACAAUCUCUCUGUAUAUUCCAUCAAUCAACACCUUUUAAAACUUUGUUGAUAUAUCAUUUGUUUGCUCCAAUUUUUUUUCUUAUCCAUGCAAGAUGGCCACUUACUGUACAUGUUUAAUGGGAAUCAUGCUGUAUUUAUCGUGUACAAAGAUAAAUGUAAAGCAUCUAUCGACAAAGUUCAGACACAAAGACUUAAAAUAGUGUACAAAGAAGCAAGACGCUCAGACUGGAGACUGUCCAAACAAUGAAGGGAAAGGCACACACAAUCCAACAAAUGCGCAGACGGCCGAGUAAUGCCGUGGAAGAGUGUCCAGUCUUAACAAUUGUGUGUUCCUAAAAAUGUGUGCGCAGACGAAAUCACGCCUGUUGAAUUUCUGUUCAGAGAGUAUGAAGCAGGCCUGGUUGUUGAACAGGGUUUCUAUUCACAUUUGGUCUCUAGUAUUGGGACCAAAAGACUGUUAAAACCUACAAACAGACCACAGGGGACCUAUCAGUGUGUGUGUGUGAUAUAGGAAAGCCAAGAAUAAGGUAGGAGAAACAAGCAAACAGAGCAAAUAGAGAAAGAGUGCAUAAAUGCGUGCCUGAUUUUGUGUUUGCCAUUUUUUUAUGCUUCUUUACUACUGGUCAUACACUUUUCUGCAUAAUAAUGUGUGAGUGUGUGUGCAUUCCCACCCCUAAGACUCAAGCAGUCCCAAUAUCCGGCUGUCUUGGAAGUCCUCAUGGCAUUUUUGACAUUUUUUUGUGUGUGUUGGUUGUGUAACUUUCAGCCUGUUUGGUAUGUUCAGGGUUUCAUGACACAGUUUAAAGUCACUCGAUGUGACUAAAGGAAGUGUGACGGUAGUGCCACCUUUAUGAUGAGGAGAUUUUUUUAGAUUUCUGAUUGUCUAAGCUGCCCUUUUCUGCCAUCAGAUCAGCGAGAGUGGGUCAGAUCUACCCAAUUACCAGAGGACCAGCCUAUUCACCUGAAUUUAAAUGUGAUGUUAUCAAGUCUUUAAAGACAUAUUUAGCUGUAUGGGAUAAGAAGGUUUUAGGCAAAAGUAAAAAAAUAAGAAAAAAACAAAACAUGUAUUCUUUGUGAAGGUGAGUAGUGAUACCUUAGGAGUGCCAUCCUAUGAACAAGCACUGCCAGUUUAAGCUAAUAGUGUUGGGAUAUACAGCUUGACCGUGUCCUUUUAGCCUAUCGUCCGAUUAUCUUUUUGUCUUGUUAUUGGUUGUCCUGCAGUGCUCAUUGUGCCAUCUGCUUUUCAGCUCUUCAUACUGUCGUCACACAAAGCACUGGACCUAGCAGCCCGCCUUUCACGCUCACACUCGCAGGGUUGUUUAAUCCUUAGAAUUUCUCAAUGAGAAUUUGGGAGUGGAAAAAAAACAGACAAAAAAAAAGCUUCCUGCAACUACUAAGAUGUUCUGGAACUUUAAAAGAUUCUCAGACCAAAGAACUUCCUGAUCCUAAAUUUUUUCCCCAAACCUAGAUGAUUCCAGAGCCAAAGAGAUUCCAGAACCUUGUGGAUUGCAGUGGAAUCAAUGGAUUAGAGAUUAUUGAUGGAGGAUAGUUCCGGAGCCCAAAGGACUCCGGAAGGAAUGUCUGCCAGGGGUUGUAAUUCUAGAAUGAAGAGACUCUGCGAGGAUUCUAAGCUACUUAGCCGGUGAGUAGCUUAGAAUAGCCGGGAUGUGGUUGAAAAUGACCUCCUCCCGCAUCUGUCUGCUCGCACAGUCGCAAAGCCACACCGCGACAUGAAAGAGGUUCUGUUUGUUUUGCCCUUCUCCUCUCGUGCUUUCGCUCUCUCGUGUCUCUCGUCGCAGAGAGGAGUUGACAGUCUGCGUCACCCACCUCUCCACCGCCCCCCCCCCCCACCCCUUUCUCCCCCCUCCAUCCCUGCUGGAGCACCCUCCAUCUGCACCUCUUCCCCUCUGCUUUAACCUCUCCUCCGGCACGCUGCGGUCUCUUUCUUCCCCCCACCCCGAUCCACAACAUCCUAGUUCUCCUCCUUGUAGCAUCGCCUCUCUUUACCUCUCCCUCCUUCUCCAGCUCCUCUCUUCACAGUCCUGCCCCUCUCCCUUUUCCUCCUCUUCCUCUCCACCUCUCUGCAUUCAGUCUAUGCAUCUGAGCUCAGCAGAACACGCAACACCGGGUGAAUGUCAAUGAACGGACUGUUAAGCAAAUAGAUGUUGUUCAUUUGAGAGUGCAACAAAAACAUUUUCUAUAAGCUCCUUAUGUGAGGCUCUCUCCUUAUUUUUUAUAGUUUUCUUUAGUAGUCACAUGAAAUUCCCAUGAACGAAUGAGCGAAUGCGCGAAUGAAUGAGCAGAGGAUUUUUUUUUUGUUGAAGGACCUUUGACUUUUUGACUGCAAACGAAGCUCCCUCCACUUCUGGAUUACUGUGUGGACAGUCUGUUUAGCAGUGGUUCUGCUCGUCACCCGACGUAGCUCUCCUCCACCCCCCCCCCCGCAUGGACGGACUGUGUACAUUUUAGACACAACCUUUCAUCUCCUGACUCCUAAUUGGAAAACUUAUCUCCUGGUGCUACUGAGUCGGAGCUCCACCUCGUGGAUGGAAAAGAAGCAACCCACGCAUACAGCAACAACAGAGCAGUGAGGACUUAAAAAAAAACAAAAGAAACAAAACCCAAACGAACUGUCCAAUCACAUGCAUCUUACUUCAACAGGUAUCCUUCAGGUAUCCCAUCAUCCCGGAAUAAUGAUUUACAAAUUGCAUAAACGAUCACCAUUUAUGACGACUUAUCAAGUGACGCUUGUUUUAAAUAUUUAGUGAAUGAAAAGAUAAAUCUAUAAAACUCUAUUGUUUACCUUGUAUACUGAAUUAUGGGCUUGUUCAUGCAACGCCUUUUUUUUGGGGUUUGUUUGUUUCUUUUUAACAUUCUAUUACAUGUUUUUCUGAUUUCCGCUGCCUUUGUUGUGCACAGGUAAAUAUCGGGCCAAAAACUGCAGCCGUAACAGAGAGCACUUAACAUUUAGUCUGAUCAAUACGUGCCAAACCCCCCCCAAACGGGUCACAGAGAGGGUCAAACAAACAAGGGAGAUGAGUAUUUCCCAGCAGAGAAGGGAGACGCAUAUUGUCCUGAUAUCGACAGAGUAUGUGUCUUUCCACCACGUUUUUAUUUUUUUAUUUUCUAUGUGUUUUUACUCUGUGGACAGAUGGCAGAAUCUCGUGAAGCGGGAAGCCAGGAAAAGGAGUAAACGAGCUCAGACACAUGGCCACACCGGUGGAAAGGAGGCUAUCCGUUAUGCACGGAAGAUGUCAUUUACUAUAAACAAGAGCAAGCCACAGUUUUUCCUAGAAUUUCUACCCCCCAAAAAACAGAUCCACUUCAGGGGCAGAAACCGAAUCACCGAGCUAAUCAUCAGAAUGUGCUGCUACAAAAUCCUGCCGGCGCAUGACUGCCAACGCGCAGCCAGAGUUUUGGCCCUUGCAAAAGCUAUUUAUCAACAGAUUUGAGAGGAGGAACUCUAAACCAACCAAAGUGGCGAGCUAUUCUCUGCCUUCCGAGCCACUCUACCUCCAAGAAAGGUCUGUACAGCUAAAUGAUCCAUAACUAAAAUAAGAAUUUAACGAGUGUAGCGUCAUUUCUGGAUGAGGUGCGGGAGGAGACCUAUUUGAAGGUUUAAUUCUGAAUGUCAGGAACAACAUGCUAAUGUUGACACACUCAUUUAGAGGAAAAAUGUCCUCUUUUGUCUUAUUUUAAUUUUUUAACACGGAUUCAGAAUAUGUGAAAGGAAGUGUUGUAAUAACUCACUAACUCUUUGUUUUUUUACCAGAGAACAUGAAAAAACAAGAGAAGUAUAGAAAGCUUGGAAAGGGCAAACAGAAGGAUGCCAGUUUACCCUUCUAGGCUAUACAAGGGAAACUUUUUUUUACAUCAAGUUUUGUUAACAAGUUAAAUUCCCUCUAGGCCAGCUCACAUGAAUGAAACAUCCCAUCUAAAUCUCAGAAAUCCCCUUUUCACACGAGUCAUAGGCACUUUGUCAAAGACAAAGACUUUGUGGAGAGAUCCACCACGAGUAGCACAAACCUUUCAAACCACCUUAACUGAGAAGCAACGGAACAGUGGAAGAGAAGCAACGGGCAGUCGACGGGUUAAAAAUUAACAUUGGUCACUAACAGGGCAAGCUAGUGUCAUGGCAGGCGCAAAGGAGUGGAAGCCCAUACAAAAAUCAAAAAUCCAACCAGCUAACAAUUAAAACUGAUGCACAGAAAAUGAUUUCCUAGCUGGCUAAAUGCUGAGGGAAUCUAUAAUCACCAAUUUAAGACAACAUAAUGGCAAAAACUCAGAAUCCAUAAAGGAUUUGAAACACAAGUUUUCAGCUUAUAAACUGACACCAAAACUAAACGGGAGUUAAAUGUCAGAAACUAAAAGACAAAAACUCAAAAGCGAAGACUCUCAAAAAGGUACUUCAGAGUUGCUUGCGCUGGAUUUAAUUUUUUUAAUUUUAUUUGAUUUUUUUAGCAUAUUGACUCUUGACAUGUCACAAAACCUUGUCCACUCAACAAUUAGGGUUCCCUAAAAUGUAUCACACAAAUGAUAACACAAAUUAUUUACUUUUUAAUAUAGAGCAUCAAAUAUGUGAUUAUAAGGACACUUAAGUCUUUAGGUUUCUUAUGCAGUUCAUCUUUUGCUUUAUAAGUUAUAAGGUUUAGAAUUGAUAUUUUCUCAUUUUUAAUCUUAACCUUAUGAUGUACCAAAUGAAAUACGUUGCACACUAAUUUGCAGCAGCGUCUCUAAAAACAUUUUAAGUGAUCAAAUUCUAUGUUUGUUAGUUGCAAUGUGGAGUUGAAGCUGGUAUUAAAACAGCGUGGGGCUGAAAGCAACGGUGACACAUCUUCUCCUCACCUCAAACUGACAGGCUAUCAACAGAAAAGGCUUCAAAAUUGGAUUUCCUGGCGUGUUCCAUUCAGAACCCUUUUGAUGGAAAAAUAUAUAUAUAAAACUAAGCAAAAAAGGUUGCUUAAUGUGACGGCGCCAGUGGGUUUCAGUCACAAAUGUUCACACUGCUUGGUUCAGGUAGCUCAUCUUUAAACGUGUUCUCUAUACAGAGCUAUUUCUAUAUCCAGAUGUAGUCAACAGCUCAAGAUUUAUUAGAUUUAAAAAACAAAAAAAAAGAGUUUUAAGAUGAAAAUGAAAGAAUAGGGAAAAAGCCAUGAUGAAGCUUGCGGCUGUAGGUUUGGGCCCAUAACUUUGUUGUUUUAGGAGUGCCACAUGAGAGACAUUUACCUUCUGACUGGACAUCCUGUCCGUCACUACUAAACUCCACCCCUCUGCCAGUCCAAGCAAAGUAAAACAAACGUACCCUGUACCCAGUUUUAAACCCCAUCGCUGUUGCUGUGCAGGCAGCUUAUAAAGAGACAGAGAUGAUCAUUAGAAAGACAUGGAGAGAGACCAACAGAGUUAUUGGAAUUGUUCUAUUUUUUUUAUUCCUCAUUAAAAAAAAAGACGAAAAAAAUAAGACAUAUUUAAAGGAAUAUUCCGUGUAUGUAAUAAAUAGCCUCUGUUUUCUUGACCUAUCCGAUGGUGUGAUUUAUAGCUGCAAGGUGGUGUCUCACAACGCUUUCCUGUGCAGCUAUGCAAUGCCAAUGUGAUGAAAUUAUUAUAUCCUUAUAAAUAAAU